CGCCCCCGCGCCGGGGUCCUUCCGUGCGUGUUGAUAUGAUUGGUCGGCAGAGCUCGGUCCUCUUUUCCGCCUCUGCGGCUCAGGCACCGUAGCCAUCAUGAACGACACAGUCACGAUCCGGACCAGGAAGUUCAUGACAAACCGUCUGCUUCAGAGGAAACAGAUGGUCAUCGAUGUCCUUCACCCUGGGAAGGCAACAGUACCAAAGACAGAAAUUCGGGAAAAGCUGGCCAAAAUGUACAAAACCACACCAGAUGUCAUCUUUGUAUUUGGAUUCAGAACCCACUUUGGCGGUGGGAAGACGACAGGCUUCGGCAUGAUCUAUGAUUCUCUAGAUUACGCCAAGAAGAAUGAGCCUAAGCACAGACUCGCGAGACACGGCCUUUAUGAGAAGAAAAAGACCUCCCGGAAACAGCGAAAGGAACGCAAGAACAGAAUGAAGAAGGUCAGGGGGACUGCAAAGGCCAACGUUGGUGCUGGCAAAAAGCAGAAAUGAAAUCUCUAGCAGUGAGUGGAGAUUGGACACAGCCAAAGGACUAGAUCUGCGGUGACUUGAUCAGCUGUGAUGUGCACAUUUUUAAGAGGACAAAUAAACUAAAAAGCUUA